UUUGGCCAAUAGCUCGGACGAAAUGACGUACUACCGCUCAGGUCUUCCGGGCAUUGCGAAUAGAUUCCACCUCGGUGUAUUUCCAUGGCAACAGGACGGCUCGGCACACAAGAGGAGCGCCCUCAGCUUGAUCAUGGGACAACGCCAGCUGACGUGGGAGCUCUCAGCUGCACAGCAACGAAAUUCAUUUGGAUCAUGUCAGGAGAGAAGAAUAUUCCCCGUUUUCUACCCUCCAGAUCGGUUAGGCAAUGAGAAUGUUCCUAUUAAAGGUGAUCCUGAUCGUGGACCUGGAACUUAUAACUAUGCAGAGAAGGACAACCUUCUAUACAAAUUGGCUCGCAGACCAGAGAGUACUAAAGGCUACACCAUGGGAGCAAGAACAACCCCACGUUUUGGGCUACUCAGCAAGCAUGUGACUCCUGAUCCUACUGCAUACCAGUCUAUAUGGAUCAGAGACCACCACAGGCGCCACAAGCCUUCACAUGUCUCUUUUUGCAGCGAUGUGCCACGAUUUUCUGAGAAGCUUCAGGACAAAGACUUUUAUCCUGGACCUGGAACAUAUGACCCAUACGGCAUGCCACACAGGCAUGUCACUUGGCCAGGGAGGUUUGGGGCUCCAGACUGGUCUUUAAUACCAAUGCCAGUGAAAAGAACACUGAGAAGUGAGCUGCUUACGGACAAAGACUUUAGGAAGCACCGGAACCUAGUGGCCUACCUGAGCAUAUACUACAGUGAUUAAUUACUCUGGUUGGAGUCGUUCCUCUUCUGUGUACUUGAACUACUAAUUUGCCUUUGUUUUUGUUUUGUUUUUUGUUAAGGGAAAUUUAGACUUUGCUAGUUGUUUGUUACUCUGAUUCAGUUACCAGAUUGCUUCAUAAACAGCUGUCUUGUUAUGCCUCUUACCUUCCUAGUUUUAUUGCCUAGUUCAAAACUGUUGAUUUUAUGUGAAGCACUCAUAGCUGUGAAGCCAAUAAGUAUCUUAAAAUGUAGGUGUCUUGACUCUUGCCUGUUGACAACAGCUAUUCCAGCCCUUCAGUUUUCCUUCCUUGCUGCAUGUGCCAGUCCUCUCAGUUUGCAGUCAGUUAGGCUUGGAGAAUUGUUAAGAGAAGCACAGAUUGCCACUGACUCACUUUUAUUUGUAGACCAACUUUGGAAACUCUUGCCAACAUUUUGAGUUAUGAGGUCACAGUGCCCACAAAAGCCAUGUCAAAUGCGAGCCGCUACUGCUUGCAGCAGCACAUCCUGGUGAAAUUCCUAGAUCCAGAAUCUCCCGUACCUUUUACUUUUUGACCUUCCCCAUGCUACUUGCACCAGAAGAGGCCCUGGAAGCAUGUGGCUCAUUUACCUGCUGUUAUUGUGUAUGAUAUGAUGAUAGGUUGCCUGGUAUGUAUUUUCAAGCACAACAGUGCCUGCUUUCUAUCUCUGCAUGUGGCUGUAUAUGUAGUUUCAUUUUUCUUUUAUGCAAUGUUCUCUUCUUUUGCAUAAUGCAGUUACGGAGGCUGAAAUUUGAAGUAGGCAACAGGGGAGAGGUGAUUCUUAAUGCCGUUUGCUCUUGCUGCUUUACCACUGAAAAGUUCACCCCCUACUCAAAGAGACCCUCUGCUGGGGGAAAGAGAGGCUUGGUUCAUGUCAAGCAGGAAACCAUGAUUUCACUAGAUGAACCACAGGUUUGUGCAGUCUCUCCUUCCUUCUCUACUUUCAUGCCUGUGGAGAGAAGACCUUUAUAUUCUAAGCUAAACAGUUUCUUGAGAUGUCCAAACUUGGAUUAAUAAAAUGAGAUCAGGAACCACAGUUCUAAUUUUGCUAGUUUUCACUAUUCAGAGUUUAAACAAACCACAGUUUCAAAAAUUCUGGCAUCAUGAGGAACUAUUGUUCUUUUAAUUCAAUUGUGGAAACUUUUGAUCUUCUCCUUGACUUGCAUGAAAGAGGAGGAGUGGGAAGGAGCAUGUGAGCUUAAGACUCUUUAACUUGUUCUCAAAGUGGUUUCCUGUUAUGUCUGAACUGAGGCACGGGUACUUUACUUAGGAACAUAUGUUUGCAAUAUGUUAUAAACUUGUACUCAUGGUAUAUGAAUAUUUCAUUGUGAACAACUGUAGGCUCAUCCAUACAAUCUGUUCUUUGAUCUGUUCUACAACAUGGGAGGAAAUACGUACUUGAUAGGAAACAUGUUGAUAGACUACUGCACCUUUCUCAGUCAGCACUGGUAGAUAGUAUAUAGCUAGCCCACAACCUGCUAUUUGUUGCUGUUCUUGUCUUAUCUAUGGCAUCACGAUAAAGUGGGUUGUAUCAAACACUGCACAAGCAGUGGCCCACUUGCACAAUGGGACUUCCUCUUCCUCUCCUCUACUCACCCCCCCCCCAAAAAAAGCAGGUUCAGGGGGUGCUCUGAGAGAGAAAAUGCCAUUGCACAAACAAAACUGUUGCAUGGGCAGAAUGGCAGUGUUGGAUAUAACCCAAUAUAUCUGUAUAACCCUCCCUAUAUAUGGAACUUACAGUUUCAUUUGGGAACUCCUGAUUUCUCUAAACAUUGUUUACACUUAACUGUUUCACGUGGGAGCCUUGUGAUUCCAGUGGAGCCACAUGCUGAUAUAUCAUUUCCUACAGUUCCUAAGUAUGACUUCCCUUAUACAUCUUGCAAGCUAGAGGGUUCAGAUUAGACAGUCCGUAAAACCAUGUGCUGUAUAGCAAAGAAGAAAUAUUUACAGUUGACAGAGAAACAUUCAAACUGAAAUAAGGCCAUAUAGUGCUUGAUGUUCUACCACACAUCCAGUCCCUUGCUUUUUAUUAUAAUUAGUAAUGUAUCAUUAAUAGCCAAAUGUAUUUGUUUUACUACAUAAUAAAAUUCAGAAAAU